AUGACUCCAGAAGGUACCAAAAGUAAAGGAUCAGGCGGAAGUCAUGAGGAUAUAAUAAGCAUUUUGCCAAGUAAUGUGAUAGCUUGCAUCCUAGGGAAAAUGCCUAUACAAGAAGCUGUAAGAACCUCUGUUCUGUCUAAAGAGUGGAGAUUUUACUACUUAUAUAAUUCACAGUUAGUAUAUGAUGACCAAUUUUGGAAAGCACUUGCUCCCUUCUUCGACAGGGGCAAUAUUUUUUCUGAUCCCAAAAACUACAGUGUAUUCGAUGAAAUUGUCACCAAAUAUCUUCUGCUUCAUCACGGCGGAUUAGAGAAAUUUGAAAUAUGCAUUCCUACUCUUUUAUCAGCUGCGUUCCUGAUAAGUGCUCCAAAUUUGCAAGAACUUUAUAUUGAGGCUUCUACAGUCAAGCUAAACCAAGAACAAGUCUCGGAUUAUCUAAAACUCCUGGAUUCAGAUAUUUCCCUUAGUAAACUUCGUCUGGUCAAAUUAACGAAAAUCUCAGGGUUUGUUCCUGACUUUGAGUUUAUCCGGUUCCUUCUCUUUAGCUCGCCAUCACUUGUGACAAUGAGCAUCCUGGAGCACCCACAACUUGAAGCAAAACAAGUCGUGAAUAUAGCUAGGAAAUUGCUCCAGUUUCGGCCACCGCCAACAGUGUCUAUAGAUUUCUCAACGGACAUCCAAACUUAA